UAUGAAUUCAUCUGAACCUGAGAAAGUUAGUGCUGGUGGUAAAACUGUUAAAAUGGAACCUGCUUCUGAUGUUGCUGAUGCUGAACCGAGCCGUCAAAUGGAUGUGAAGAUUGAAGUUGCCGAGGAACUUAAUGAAAAUUUGACUAACCCGAAGAAAAAGAAAAACAGAGGGAAGAGGUUGAGUAAGAGUGUACGAAUUGCCAGGAAGAAGCAAAAGGCGGCCUUGGCUUUGCUCGCUCUUAUUCAAGCAAAUGAAGGAAAUAAAAUUGGAGAAGAGUCAGUUUGUGCAUCAACAACUAUGGGUAAAGUAGAUGCUUCUACACAAACUGGAGAGGGUAAGGUCGGUGCAGCUACAACUACAACAACUAAAGUGAAUGCUUCUACACAGACGGAUAAGGAGGUGAAGAAAAAACGUAAUAGAGGAAGAAAUAAGAGACUGCCUAGGAAUUUAAGGGAGCGUUUAAAGAAGCAUAAAGCUCAAUAUCUCAAUCAAGUGGUUAGUAAAACGUCAAAGGUUGAAGUUUAA